AUGAUUGAUAUUCUGGACAGCUGGACGUUUCCAGAGUGGAAAUAUCUCAGAACGGCCAGUCUCCGGAUGAAUGAAACGGAUAAAUUCCAAGCCGGACGUUCUGUCUCUCAAAAAUUUGAUGCAUUUAGUUAUCUUGUUCGAGAAUAUGAUAACCGCGUUGCUUCCGUUGUGAUUGAGAAGGAUAUGUUUCUGUUUGGAGUCUGGGAUUUGACAGAAGAUGAGUUUCUAGAGAAGUUCACCAAAGCCGAGUGA